UUUUAUAUCUUUUGCGCUUUUUUGAUUAAUGGCCUGUUAUUAGCAUAUUUUCAUAAUAUAUCAAACGAUUUUAUGAAUUCAAUAUCUUCUUCAGACGAUGAUGCUUGGGAACCGCAAGAGAUUAAAAAUGGAGUUUCAAAGGCUGGGAAGAUGAAAUCCAGUUUAUUAAAGAAACCUUCUCAAAUUCCUGAUAUAACGCCAAAUCAAAAGCGAGAUAAAUCAGAUAAUGUUAAUGAUAAAAAAGUUACAAAGAGGCCAUCAAUUGAAAGGAUAUAUCAGAAAAAAACUCAAUUAGAGCAUAUAUUACUCAGACCUGAUACUUAUAUUGGUUCAAUCGAGCCUACUACACAGCAAAUGUGGGUUUGGGAUGGAAAUGAAGGACUGAUAAAUCGAGAAAUUACUUAUGUCCCUGGACUUUUUAAGAUAUUUGACGAAAUUUUAGUGAAUGCAGCUGAUAACAAAAUAAGAGAUAAAACAAUGAAUUGCAUAAAAAUAAACAUAGAUAUAGAAACGAAUACUAUUUCGAUUUGGAAUAACGGAAAAGGCAUUCCAGUGACGGAGCACAAAACCGAGAAAAUAUAUAUUCCGGCCAUGAUAUUCGGGCAUUUACUAACUUCGAGCAAUUUUGAUGACGCUGAAAAAAAGGUCGUCGGGGGGCGGAACGGUUACGGAGCUAAAUUAUGCAAUAUCUUCAGCAAAAAAUUUACCAUAGAGACCGCUUGCAGAGAUUACAACAAAAAAUUUAAACAAACCUGGAGCGAUAACAUGUCAAGUACCUCUGACCCAAAAAUUUCUGAUUUUUCUGGAACCGAUUUCACGUGCGUCACAUUUCAACCGGAUUUAAGCAAAUUCAAGAUGGUGAACUUGGACAAAGAUAUAACCGAUCUCUUUUCCAAGAGAGCCUACGAUAUCGCGGCGUCAACGUGGGGAGGGGUUAAAGUUUAUCUUAACGACAAAAGAUUGGCUAUAAGCAAUUUUAAAGAUUACAUCGAUCUGUAUACGAAAGGAAUUGUGGACGAAAAUGAUGAAGCCAUAAAAUUAGCAUACGAAAAAAUAGGCGAUAGAUGGGAAAUAGCGGUGACUAACAGUGAUAAAGGAUUUCAAUCGAUAAGCUUCGUUAAUAGCAUUUGCACUGUUAAGGGUGGUCGACAUGUCGAUUACAUAACUGAUCAAGUAGUUGAUAAGUUGAUGGAUGUUGUAAAAAAGAAAAAUAAGGCGGGAGUCAAAGUUAAACCUUUUCAAAUCAAAAAUCAUUUGUGGGUUUUCGUGAAUUGUCUGAUAGAGAAUCCCACUUUCGAUUCUCAAACGAAAGAAAACAUGACUUUACAAUCCAAAUCCUUUGGUUCUAAAUGUACAGUUUCCGAAAAAUUUCUCGGUGUACUCCUAAAAACAGGAAUCGUUGAGAAUAUCAUGAAUUGGAUUCAAUAUAAGGCUCAGAGUCAAUUGAACACUAAAUGCCAUGCGAAAAAGCAUUCAAAAUUGAAAGGAAUCCCCAAAUUGGAUGAUGCCAAUGACGCAGGUACGAAAAAUUCGCUGGAUUGCACGUUAAUCCUGACUGAAGGGGAUUCAGCCAAAACGUUGGCCAUAUCUGGCUUGGGAGUCGUUGGCAGAGAUCGAUUUGGCAUAUUUCCACUUAAGGGUAAAUUGCUUAACGUGCGAGAAGCAACUCAUAAACAGCUAAUGGAAAAUGUCGAAAUCAACAACAUGAUUCGGAUCAUUGGGUUACAAUACAAAAAACAAUACAAUUCACUCGAAGACCUAAAAACAUUGCGUUACGGUAAAAUAAUGAUAAUGGCUGAUCAAGAUCAAGAUGGCUCUCACAUCAAAGGCCUCAUUAUCAAUUUCAUUCAUUAUAAUUGGCCAUCCCUGGUUAAACAAUCCUUUCUAGAUCAAUUCAUCACUCCAAUCGUCAAAGCAUUUAAAGGUAAAGAUGAAAAAAGUUUUUUCAGCAUACCAGAGUUUGAGGAAUGGAAAAAUCAAACGCCAAAUUGGCAUUUAUGGAAGGUCAAAUACUACAAAGGGUUGGGAACAUCUACUGCUAAAGAAGCCAAGGAAUAUUUUAACAACAUGCCUGUCCAUAGGAUUAAAUUUAAGUAUCAGGGCAAUGAUGAUGACGAUUCUAUCUUAUUGGCAUUCAGUAAAAAGCGGAUAGAAGAUAGAAAAGAUUGGUUGAGGAACUGGAUGGAAAUUCGUAAAAGCAGACGCUUGCAGCAAUUGCCCGAGUUCUUUCUCUACGGGAGACAAACGUCCGUAUUAUCAUAUGCAGAUUUUAUAAACAAAGAAUUGAUCCUAUUCAGUAAUAUGGAUAACGAAAGAUCUAUUCCAAGCUUAUGCGAUGGUUUAAAACCUGGUCAAAGAAAAGUAUUAUUUACAUGCUUUAAACGUAAUGAUAAGAGAGAAGUUAAAGUGGCUCAGCUAGCCGGCUCAGUUGGAGAAUUGUCGGCAUAUCACCAUGGCGAAGCUUCUUUGAUGGGUACAAUAAUUAAUUUAGCUCAAGAUUUUGUUGGAUCAAACAAUGUAAACUUGCUCCUACCCAUAGGUCAAUUCGGCACCAGACUUCACGGUGGUAAAGACGCUGCCAGUCCUCGUUACAUAUUUACGUAUUUGAAUCCCUUAACUCGAGCCAUAUUUCCGGCUUUUGAUGAACCACUCUUGAAGUAUAUGAAAGACGAUAAUAUUCGAAUAGAGCCGGAAUGGUACAUCCCCAUUGUACCCAUGGUUUUGAUUAAUGGGGCAGAGGGAAUAGGCACUGGCUGGAGCACAAAAGUUCCGAAUUAUGAUCUCAAGGAUAUCAUUAAAAAUUUAAGGGUCAUGAUUGAAGCCUCCAUCACUCUGCCUUUUGGUAAUAUUAGUGAUUUGCCAACCACUCACAUGGUUCCGAGUUACAAAGGCUUUAGAGGUAGUAUAUUGGAGGUAGACUCGGAGAGGAUAGCAACUUUUGGGGAGAUCAGUGUGCUCUCUCAGAAUGUUAUGGAUGAUGAAAUUGAGUUCAUGGACAGAGGCGACUACGAAAGUAACAACAAAGAGGUUGUAGAACUCGAGAUAUCCGAAUUGCCUAUUAAGAAGUGGACUCAGGAUUACAAAGAAUCUGUUUUAGAAGGAUUGCUAAAUGGUUCCGAAAAGAUUACGCCCGUUAUUCUGGAUUACAAGGAAUACAACACGGAUACAACGGUCAAAUUUGUUAUCAAGAUUAGCAAAGAAAAAUUUAGAGACGCUCAAAAGGAGGGUUUGCACAAGUUCUUCAAACUUCAAAACACCAUAUCAACCAGUAGCAUGGUUUUAUUCGAUGCCAAUGGCGUUAUCAAUCGGUACAAUAGCCCCUUAGAUAUUUUGAAAGACUUUUUCUGGGUUCGACUCGAUUUUUAUAAGAAACGCAAAGUUUACCUAGACGGUUUGUUGACGGCCGAGGCUAUGAAAUUGGAUUUUCAAGCACGUUUUAUACUGGAAAAGAUUCGCGGGGACAUUGUUAUUGAGAACGUUAAACGCAAUGAACUAAUUAAGACGCUUAUAAGUAGAGGGUACGAAUCUGAUCCCGUUAAGACUUGGAAGGUCAACGUGUCUAAAGAAGACCUUGAAGUAGAAAAUACUGACGAAGUUGGAACUGAAAAAGGCAAUAUAGAUUUUGAUUAUUUGUUAGGAAUGGCAUUAUGGAGCUUGACUAAGGAAAGGGUCGAGGAUUUGAUACAAAAACAAAAGGCUAAAAAUACAGAAUUGCAAUUAUUAAGAUCUCAGACAGAGCAAACCCUUUGGGUUCAAGAUUUAGACAAUUUAAUGCAAGAAAUGGCAAAAAUGGAAACCAAAGAAUUGGAAGAAAGUCGUGACGAAAAACCAGCUAAAGCGGCCCUUGGUAAAAGCAAAGUUGCUCGGAAAAUUAAUUCGAAAAAUCGCUCUGACACGCUUCCGUCAAUCCGAGGCACUCGAGUAAUUCCCGCGAUAGACGAAGCCCUAAAAAUAAAAGUAGAAAAGGCCAAGGAAACUAAGGAGAAGCGCAAGGCUACAUUAUCCAACAAAACCCCCGAUACCGCCAACGACAAGAACGAUAUCGUGCUCAUAGACGAAGAAGAAGACGACUCUUCUAUUCAAAGUCCUCCUAAAAAAGCGAAAGUUGAAUCUGAAAAUGAGAUCAAAAAAGCUAAUAUUGAAACAAAUGAGAUCAAAAAAGCUAAUAUUGAAACAAAUGAGAUCAAAAAGGUAAACAUUGAAGCAAAUAAGAUCAAAAAACCAAUUCUGGAUAAUAGAAAAGGUGUAAAAAGUCACCAGAUAAUGACUAACGGAGAAAAAUCGGCUAAACCUACUAUUCAUAAAAAGGAGAAAAAAACGGUAGUCUCUAUCCCAAACUUUUUAUCUUCGUCUGAAGGCGACGACGAUGAGUUUAAGGUUGAGCACAUCGAUUAUGAGAAUGACAAGAGUGAUAAACAAAAUGGCGGUAGCCCGUUACCUCUCAGAGCUAGGCUUGGCCGGGCAUGUAUACCGAAAAAAUUUAACUUCUCCGAAUCUGACGAAGAUGAUUGAAAUAAAAUUGUCAAUGAAUUAGAUUUUUUUGAUAUAAAUUUAUUUUAAUCACGACAAUUUAAUUUCUGUUAACUUUUUCUAUUUAUAACAAACUAUAAAUUAAUAUAAUUCAUAAAUUUUUAACCCUAUAAUAUAAUCUCGAAGUAGUAUAACCAAUACUCUCAUUUUAUUUAUU